AUGGCGACGGUGUCCGCCGCAGUGUGCUACUGCAAGUAUUGUAAUAACAGGGAAGAUACAAACGAGAAAGCUAAAACGCCUCAAGAAGAGAGUUCAAACAUGUUGCUUACAGGUGAGAAAAAGACUGACAGUGCUGAUAGUUUAGAUAAGAAUCCUGAUAUUGUACCUUUAAACACGAAACUAAGUGAUACUUGUUUUAACAAAUUUUCAAACAACAGACAACAGUUCUGUCAGACCUUUAAUAUCUACAACUAA